GCUCAUCAUGCGAAUUAUGAGCUUCGCUGACUACAAGUUGCAGCGACAUUCGCCUAUCUCCUUCGACCCAGACUUGAUCUCGCCGCUUUUGGCGGCAGAGCUGGCCAUGUUCCAAAAAGGCCAUCUCCUCACCAACCAUCCUAUGUUCUCUCUGACUCGAUCCGUUUUCCCCAAGGUCUUUGCCGACAUUUGCUGCGCUUUGGAGAAGCAGCUGUUCUAUGAGGGUGAGUCUGUGUUUGUAGUUGGGCUGCUGGCAAAGGGCAUGUACAUCACCAGCCAUGGAAGCUUCUGCUUGCGCACAGACUCUGGCCGAGAGCAGGACUGCGAGCGUUUCACUGGCGAGUAUCACUUCUUUGCGGAGGCCGCACUUUUUGCAGAUGCGGUCGUGCAUGACUGCACGUUGGACAUC